AGCAAUUCUACACCUCAUAAGCUUUACAAGAGGAUACCACACAGUUAUAUCCAUCUUCUGUGAAUCAAUAGUUAAAUUUACGAACACUAUCUACUACUUCCACAGAAGAAUACUUUUGGAAAACAAGAAUCAUAUCGACAGGACUACACAAUGAUUGCCGACGUGGGACAAAAACCAACCUUCCUCAUUAGGGUCAGAAGAAAAGCUAACGCCCUAAGAAGAUCAAUAGUCAGAUUCACCAAACGCACAAUAUCAUUCAUAGGAUGGGUACUGUGGAUCGCCGGCACAUCAGCAGUGACACUAGUGGGACCAGUGAUGUUCCACUACGACAAGGAAUGCCAACUGCUAGAAAUGCAACAACAGAUGUUACAGGCACAACAGGCUGCAUCAGCACCCAUACUUAACUAACGAGUAAUGAAUUCAGGCAAAAUAGCCAAUUAAACUGAGAUUUUAAUAUCGUAAACACAG